CCAACUAGGCGAAAUUAAUGACUCCUUUGUACAUGACCGAGGCAAGACAGACCAGUAAGAUCAUUGUUGAAUUCCUGAUCAUCUGGAACUGGGUUCGAGAUGAAUGGAGAGUAGGAACGUUUUCAGGUUACUAGGAGACUUCUUGAAGAUGAUCAUGUGAUAUCCUAAUCAUACUGGAGGAGGGGAAUUCUCAGACUUAUAUAUAAAUCAUAACCACUGCAAAUUCUAUCUCUAGCUGCAACUUGAAGUGCAUGAUUAUUACACCAGCAAAUAAGCUUGAAAGGUAGUUGGAGUUGGGAAGAUUAACGAUAGGCUUAGGACUUUAUGGCUUCGUCAGUUUCUCAAAGCAGCAUUUUGAAUGAGGGUGAACUGGAGGAUAAUGAUAAAGUACCCGCACGACCUCAAUUAAAUCUUAGUGGGGCCGCAAUUUUUCAAGAGAAAUCUCAAGGGAGAGAUCCUGCAAUUUUAUUACCUAAUCAGCGUGAUGAUAUACCUCUUUUGGCCUUGGAUAUUGGAGGAACUCUGAUCAAAAUGGUUUAUUUCUCGAGGCAUGGAGAUCCUUUGGUGGAUGAUAAGCAAAAAAGAUCUUUGAAAGAGGGAUUGGAAGUUUCUAAUGGUAGCAAUAGGAGCUACCCUGUUAAAGGGGGGUGUCUCCAUUUUUUGAAGUUUGAUACCCGGAAGAUUAACGAGUGUCUAGAUUUUAUUGAUUCAAAGCAGCUUCACCGUGGUGGAAAUUAUUGGCGGAGUUUCUCUGAGGCUGCAAGCAAAAAUAACGCGGUAAUCAAGGCAACAGGUGGCGGAGCAUACAUGUACGCAAACCUCUUCAAAGAGAGGCUUGGGGUCAAUCUUGACAAGGAAGAUGAAAUGGAUUCUCUGGUGGCUGGAGCCAAUUUUUUGCUUAAGGCAAUCCAUCAUGAAGCUUUCACACACAUGGAUGGCCAGAAAGAAUUUGUACAAAUUGACGAAAAUGAUCUGUUCCCGUAUCUUCUUGUUAACAUCGGCUCUGGUGUUAGCAUUAUCAAGGUGGAUGGAAAUGGAUCGUUUCAGCGGGUUGAUGGGACACAUGCUGGAGGUGGUACUUAUUGUGGUCAGGAAUGUUUCUGACAGGGUGCAAAUACAGUUUUGAUGAGUUGGUAGAGUUGAGUCAGCGGGGAGAUAAUAAAUUGAUAGACUUGCUUGUUGGAGACAUCGACGGUAAAAUGGAUUAUUCCAAGAUUGGUCUAUCCGCAUCAACGAUCGCUUCUAGCUUUGGGAAAGUAGUUCCUGAAAAGAGGAAACUUAAAGACUACUGCCAUGAAGAUAUAUCAUCUUUCAUGAAGGGAAGACAAUGCCAUUAUAGAUUUUGCAAUUUUGUGUUCUUUUUAUUUUGUUGCAAGGUACUGAGUUCGCUGCGAAUCUAGCUUUGGGUCGGUAUCUGAGCACAGACCUCCUGCUUACACCUGGACAGCUCAUUUCUCUGUGGACCGACAAAGAAUAAUUCAGCCGACAAGAUUUUGUUGGUGCUGGUGACUCAACUGGCACUGGCUUCCAUAAUGAUGUCGACGGUACCUGGAAUGGCCAAGCUGCAAAGUAGUCGCUGAAUGAAUAAGGGGGAUGAACUCUGCGGUUAUUGUUAUCCAAUGGACCUUGGGCCGCUUUUGAUAAUGUGUUUGGGGAAAUGUCCCGGAACGGGCUUUCUUUGGGAAAUUUGUCACAACCGGUAAAUUUUCGGGUAAAAUACAAAAAGAGACGGACCAUUAAACUGUUAACCAGAAAAUUUACUUCCAACAAAAUCUUCAAAUUUGACA